AUGUUGUUAGAAAUUCUCUCCCUGCUCCCAACAAAAGAUGCUAUUAGAACAAGCAUACUGUCUAAAAGAUGGGAACACCUGUGGACAUCACUUCCUCAAUUUCAGUUUGAUGAAGGACCGCUACUUAAGAGAUAUCUCUUGGUAAAUGCUAUGGAUAGAGCACUUCUUUUUCGUGGCCCUGCUAAUAUAGAAGCUUUUGGUUUUAGUUUUACAGUGCUAGGUGAUUCACAUCGUGUUAAUGCAUGGAUCUCUGCUAUAGUAAAAUGGAAUGUUGAAGAGCUUUCUAUAAGCCUGCAAAUCAUUGAUGAACCAGUUUUAUUGCCUGAUUCCUUAUUUACUUCUGCAACACUGGUGGUCUUAGAUCUAGAUAUGCCCUGUGUUUUCAAGGUUCCUCGUACUAUUUGCUUCUCAAGUCUAAAGUGCUUGAGUCUCAAGUCUGUGGUGUUUUCUGAUGACUACUUAACCCAACAGUUGUUUUCUGGUUUCCCAAUCCUGGAAGAUCUAUCUCUAACAGAUUGCAAUUGGAUGAAUAUCAAGUUUGUUAUUAUUUAUACUCCUAAGCUUUUGAUCUUGACCAUGAUCAAAGGAGGUGUGGAAGUUGCGAGAGCUUCAAAAUCUUCUGAUGGAUGUCAGAUGAUGGUGGUUCUAGAUGAUGCACCAGAACUUCUUGCCCAGCUACCUUUGUUCAAUGAUCUAAUCACUUUGGAAUUUGAAGGAAGUGUAAACAUUGGUAGCAAACCAUUCUUGUUGAUGCUCCACAACCGUCCUUGUCUUCAAACUUUGAUAUUCCUUGAGGGGAUUGAGGAGUCCUCAAAUGUUGCUAAAGAUGGAGUUUUGGAGCCUUUGCCUCCAUGCUUCCUCUCACAUCUGAAAGAGAUUGAAGUCUAUGAAUUUUAUGGAGACGAGGAUCACAUACAUGCAUUGAAAGUUUUGCUAAAGAAUGCAAUGGUUUUGGAGAAGAUGACCAUAACUUGGGGCACGGAUUUUGAAGUGGGGCUAGAGAGGAAAAGUGAUGUUCACAAACAGUUAUUCGAUCUCCCUAGAGUAUAA